AUGUAUCGGAAUGCACUUAUUUUUCUUCCAUUCUUGUCAGGAAAAUAUGUUUUAACCCAUCUUAUAUAUAUUUUUGAAAAUAUCAAGAUUUUAGUUCGUAUUAAUGCAACUGAUUCGAAGAGGGUUCUCGAUGACGCUACGAGAAAAAGACGUCUUUUAAAACAAAUUGAUGCCUUGGAACAGGAUAACUUUCAUGAAGAUCCACAUGCUCAUCUUCACUGGCAUAAAAAUAUACCAAAGUUCGACGAUGUGCAAGUUCAAGGUUCACUGCCAGGUCGAAGAACCAUUACUGACCAUGGAGAACCAGCGAAAAAAAAAAGAAAAUUGCGCACUGAACAUUUUAAACAACGUUUUCGAAAAAAUUUCAUGGCAUUGGUGGAGGAGGAAACUGCUUCAAAAACUGUUGAUAAAUCUGGUUUUGAAGCUUAUGACAAAACGCGUGCUCCUCCAAGUCGAUUACCUCCAAGGCAUUUCUGUACUGCAUGUGGUUUUUUUUCAAAAUACACUUGUAUUACAUGUGGCGCUCGUUAUUGUUCAAUUUCUUGCAGGGACCUUCAUAAUGAUACUCGCCCACAUUCAGUCUUAUUUUAUUAUAGUUGUCUAAAGUGGACGGCUUGA